CGUGUUGAGCGAGCUCAGGAGCACGAUUGCGGAACAGGACACGGAGGAGAUACGCCCGUUGUGCGCGGGGCGAACGGCAGAGUCCUUUCCCAGUCCGCAUUCGCCCAGUUGAUUACGCCGUGAUAGUUGCCGUUCGACCCGAGUCCGCUUCAAUUGCCCGCGUGACCGCCCUUGCAGUUUGCUGGAGUUGGUGGCGCUAUCGCCAGACGGGGUUCGCUCGCCUUCCGCCAAUUGACUUCCCACCGUGGCGGAAAUAACCCCGGGAGUGAUACCGAAAGACGUGUGCGAGUCGAGCGGAAAGUCUUCUCGUUAGCAGAGGCGCGGAGCACGGCACACGAGCAGUCUCGGGUCGACGCCGCGAGUGAAUGUGUUAUCGGCGUGGCUGCUCUGGAAAUUGGUGUUUGGUGGAUCUCAGCUGUCAGGCCCGCGUGCUUGCGUCUGGAAAGGAACCUCCGCCGAGCCGAGACUGUGAUAAGCUGACCGCGAUAACUGGCCCCAUAGUGUCCCGCUGGUGCUGUAACAGCUCGACCGGCAGUGAGUGAACCGCGAGCAGAGUGUUUUGCCGGUUUUGGUUUCAUGUGUGAAGUGUAAAUUGGUUGAGGAGCGUGGUCUUUGGGGGGCUAUUCCGCACGGCGUGCAUCAGUACCAAAACAUCGCCGUCCCGCAGACAGGUGACCUACCACGGAAGUCGCAGAGGUAUCAAGGCGAACGACUGAAUAAAUAUAUUAUAACAGUCUCAAGAAACCCACUUUGGAGAAUCAUGCUGUAAUCAUGUGAUAUAGAACCAGAAUGCUACUUCGUUAAAAUGCUUAAAGUAAGAAAAAUAUUUCGCCGAUAUGUUUAUACAAUAGCGCUGCUAUUUGUUGGCUGUUUCCUGUUGAUUCACUAUUUUAGUGAACCAUCCGAAUACCUCGAUAGUAAAUUUAAGAUAAAUGUGAUUGAAGAGUCGAUACGAUCAAAUCAAAAUUAUGGCACCUGUAAGAUACCUAAGCUGCCGAUUGACAAUCCGGAGAUAAUGAAAUUUUAUAAAAAAGAUCCCAUCAUUGACUGUGGCACUAAAGAAGAUGACUGGGUUUAUUGUAAGAAAUCGACAUGUUUAAUAUCGAAAUGGGUGGUGGCUGAAAAAGGAAACGUAACAUGCUAUUUCACUGACUUAAUUCGCAAAUCCGAUUACAAAGUGAAAUAUGGGCGAACAACUCGCACAUCCUCGUCAUAUACUUUAGUGGCCUCAGAUUUCGCCAAAGCUACAUGUAAAGCUCGAAAUGGCGACCGAUGGUUUGGUAUAGUGUAUGGGAUACGUAAUAUCCCUUCCCUGCAUCGAUCUAAGAAAUACGCUCAACCACUGCUCAAUGUAUUAAUGUUCGGUUUUGAUUCGUUAAGCCGAAAUGCCUUCAUACGAAAGUUACCGAAAACUUAUGAGUAUCUAGUUAAUCGUUUACAUGCUCACAUUUUACAAGGAUAUAAUAUAGUUGGAGAUGGAACACCACAAGCGUUGAUACCGAUUCUAACAGGCCGAACGGAAUUGGAGUUGCCUGAAACGAGAAAGCGUAUGAGGAACUCGAACUUUGUUGACUUAUACCCCAUGAUUUGGAAAGACUAUAAAAAGAGUGGCUACAUGACAUCGUUUAACGAGGAUUUACCGAAAGUUGGAACAUUCACGUAUCGUUUGAAUGGUUUCGAAGAGCAACCCACCGAUCAUUAUAUGCGCACGUACUAUCUAGAAAUCGAGAAUUAUUUAAGCAAUUUCCAGAAGUUUUGUCACGGCUCUCAACCAGCACAUCGGGCUAUGCUCGAUUAUACCAAAAAUUUUAUGUUAAAGUACAACGGAACGUAUCCGAAGUUCGUAUUCAGUUUUCAUGGCGAGUUAUCCCAUGAUUCGAUAAAUUUAAUAGGGGCUGCGGACGAAGAUAUGACAAAUUGGUUGAUGGAUCUGAAACGUUCUGGCGUCUUGAACAAUACAAUAUUGAUUAUGAUGUCAGAUCACGGAAACAGAUUUGCAGAAGUAAGGAAUACACUGCAAGGGAAACAGGAAGAGCGACUUCCGUUCUUCAGUUUCACUUUUCCGUCGUGGUUUCGAUCACGUUACCCAACCCAAUACAACAAUUUUGCCGCAAACGUCGAUCGUUUGACAACGCCAUUUGAUAUCCAUGAAACUCUUAUGGAUAUCCUUCGUAUACAACAUGUGGAAAAUCCCUCACAGAAAGAAGUGAAGAGUCGAGCUAUAUCCCUUUUUGAUGAAGUGCCAAAAGAAAGAUCGUGCGCCGACGCUUACAUUGAACCACAUUGGUGUACAUGCCUGAAUUGGGAACAGAUCAAUGAUACGACCAGCACGAUAGUCGUCCGUGUCGCCAACAGUGUGAUUGACACAAUCAACACUUACACCAGCCAGCACCGGAAUAUUUGCGAAAAGUUGACUCUUCAUGAAAUCAAUUGGGCUAUGAGAAUGGUUCCAAACACUGGAUUGCUGAGAUUCAGAGGAAACAAGGAUAUGGAUGGUUUCUUGGCUGAUUUAACAUCUCAAACCAAAGUUGAAACAGAAAUGUACCAAGUGAAGAUUACAGUUUUGCCGGGCUACUCGUUGUUCGAAGCGAGUGUUACCUAUAAUUUGGCCAAAAAUGAAUUCAGAGUAAAUAUGUCGGAUAUCUCUCGUAUCAAUAAAUAUGGUAGCCAGGCAAAUUGCAUAUACGACACACUCCCUGAACUGAGAAAGUACUGUUUUUGUAAAGCUCAAUUGUGAAAGAAGUAUUUUAGUCUGAUUGUUUUGAUCAUAUCUAUUAUUUUUUUAUAGGAGAGUACAAUUAGGUUUUCUAUAUUUUGAAAUUCAAUAAAGAAAGUUAACAUAGCUUA